AUUUCAAAGAGUUCUAAUCAAAUUUCAAAUUCGUCCAUAUUCUCUAAGGUAAAAAUCAACCCUAAAAUUUUUGCAUUCCAGACAUAGACAAAGAUUAUCUUUUCUUUUGAGUUUUGAGGUGCAAAUUAAAUGAUGAAUGAUAAUGCUUGUGAUUAAUCAGGUAGUUAGCGCAAUUGCAAUACCAGAGAUGACGUUAGAUGUUGGAUCGGAUACAAUCAAAUAUUUGAUGAACCUUUGGAUGCCACCAAAACAAUCAUAUGGCACACGCAUAUGGAUAAGUAUAUUAUGAAUUCUCCAAUGUUCGCUGCCCAAUUAUUUAUUUAGUGAGUUGUAAUUAGGCCCAAUAUGUUGUGAGAGGGUCAGAGUGAAGUAAAUUAUGUAAGUCAUUUCAUAUAUAGUUCAUUCAAUUUUUUUAAGUAUAAUGUGUACAAAACAAAGUCAUAGAAUAAUUAAACAACUGAAUUCUUUUACUUGUUAUUUCAGGUUUGAUAUUUUGUAAAGAAACUGCUUGUGAUGCAAAAAUAUCUCAUGCAAUGAAGUUAGGACAGGUAAGUAAAUUAGUUAAAUUACUUAAAUUACUAUCUCAUGCAAGUCUUUCAAUGAAGUACUUAAAUUACUUAAUAUACAUGUAUUGAAUGAAAUCUUCAUUAAGGUUGGCAUGGUUUUCUGUAAUAUGAUGCCUAUAUUUUUCAUCAGUUCAAGACACACUAAAUGCAUAAAACCAUCUAAAUUUAUAUCUGUUAAAUAUAUAUACACUAACUGAACUGUGUUUCCUAAAUAAAAGUCAUAAAAAUAAUAGAAUGUUCAGCUAUCCCUGCCCCUCCAAUGUCUGCCAUUUUAUUAUUUGACUCCCAAAAGGAAGCCUCAUCAUAUCGCCCCAAACGCCAACUUAUAUACAAGGAGAUAAUCGGAACAAUUUCAAUAUUUGUUGGUGAGGGCGACGUCGGUGGUGUCUCCCUCGUCCCUAAUAAAUUGGGGAGGAGGUAUUUUCUUGUGCGUCUAGAUGGGAGCCUCUUUGAAGGAGGCAAGGCAUUAUCCAGCGGUGCUGUUCUGGCGACACGCUUUGUACAUAUCCUCCUAAAUGCUCAAAACAAGUUUAUGUCCCCGUGUCGCGGGGAUAAUAAACCUUGGGAUCCAAUGACGGAGAUAGAGAGAGGAUCACAGUUGAGAUUUGAGACAUCGGCUAUCCACAUCCACACUCACGGCCAUGUAUAUAUAUACCAAUGCUCCUGGUACGAACCACCUUACUGCCGUGACUACACCUUGUUUGCUGAAGAACAAAUUGAAGCAAACAAGGUGGCAAUUCGAGAAAGAGCAAAACUUCUUGAAUCACUCCGGAAGGAAAAGGAGUUCAAAAGGAGAUUACACGAAGGAUUAGAAUUGAUGCAGAAAAUGCUGGAUGACUUCCAAAGAGAGAGACUAGAAGCUGAGGCUAAAGCUGAUAAAUUAGUCAAUGAUCUCUACAGGGCUGUUGAACUUAAACGCUCCCUCCAAUCUCAAGAUCAAAUGAGGGAGAUUAAUGUUCAAAAAGAGGCUCUAGAACCCAAGACCAACCCUGAACCAUCCAACCAUCAGGUUCCAGUUCUAGAAGAUUCACCCAGACCAACACUACCACAGAAACCCGAGAGCAUAACAACUCUCGCUAGGGCUACUAUGAGAGAGAACUUGACUCGAACGGAGCGUAGACGGAGUCACCCGUACCCUACUGCACAGUCCGGUACCGGUGCCCAAGCAAGCUCGCCACUGCUCAAGCCCGCCCGGAUCUGUCAUCGUUGCGGCUCAGUCUCAUCUUCCUCUGUCUAUGGUCAAAAAUCACUGCCCGAAUCUGACCUUCAUGGCCCGGAGGUUGCCGGAGUUGCUGGGUCACCGCGGUUGUCGAGUCGCCGAAGAGAGGUCGUCGAUCACCGCUGCGCUUUGCCAGAGUUUCUGCCCAGCCGCUUGAAUUCGCCUACCAUCUGCAGGCACCGCUGGAGAUUGCCGGCUGUUCUCUCGUCAUUCCUUAGAGGAAUUGGCAUCGACGGCGCAAGGUCGAGCAAAACCGCCGGUCGCUGCUGCUUAUGGAGGAAGCUGCCAGAAAUCGAGAGAGGGAGAGAGAGAAUCCCUUGGUGCCAGCGCGCUGGCGCUGAUCGGAGAAGAAGGAACGACGAUGGGGAAUUCUCCACUAUGGGUAGAGACAAGAGCAGGGCUGCCACCUCCAGGAAAUCAAAGUCCAAAUCCCGGGCGCCUGUGACGUCCUCCGAGGAACGCCUCUACUACGGCGAUGGGUCGUACCUCUGGUUCGAUUCCGAGGAGGAGCGCACCCGCUUUCUCACCUUCUUCUCUAAACGGGUUGUGGCUCCCCCACGAAUCGUCCCGGAGCGCUUCCCGGAGUUGCAGGGAUACGACGACUUAGACGCGCAGCUUCAUCAAGCCGGCCUUUGGCCGUUCGUCUCCCGGGCUCGAAAGGAGAUCAACCCGGCGCUGAUCUGGGCCUUCUACUCCAACCUCCGGCGUGAGGACGAUGUCAUCUACAGCCUCGUCAAGUCCACGCCGAUUGAUGUUAUACCCAAACCGGGGGUCUAAACGAGUUGCUAUUUUAAGGAGGAAUCAAGGGAUGAUGCAGCUUGAGUUCAAGGUUCAGGAGCAGGUGAUAAUCGAUUAUGGCUAGGUGAUAA